AUGUCCGUAUCUCACUCUGAUUCAUCCUCCAUGUUCAAGUCUGACAAGACCAAGACCUGGGGAGUUCGUGAUUCUUCGAAGAGACAAUUUAUGGACGAAGUGGAUGAAAAGACUAACCAUGGAACUCCGAGGAAGUUGAUGAAGAAAAAGGAUGCGUCGUCUCUCCAAUCGGUAGUGGAUUCAUCUUCGGCCAAACGUGUGUGGCUCCAUGAAAAAGCUGCCGAGUCAAUCAUCCCCACUGAGGAAAAUGCCAAAAUCAUUCCUGAACGUCUCUACAAAGGUUUGGACCCCCUCAUUGUCCACAUGUGUGUCCCAUGCAAAAAAUUCAACUCGACACGCGAAACAACUGAAAUUGCUGAAGGAAUGGUCCAAAUUCCUCUCGCUCUCUGCACCGUAUGCCGUUCCCAUCUCAUUGCCCAGAAGAACAUGAAAUUCUUCCAGCAUGACUGCCCAGCGCUCAAAAAGAUGCUUGGACUUUAA